UUCCGUGUGCACUCCAGAGCGCGGGCGUCCAAGUGGGGGUGUGUGGCAGGGGUUUCCGGGCCGGGCACCAGCACCCCAGCCCCUUCCAUCAGGGGUUUGGCUUAGGGUCGUCCCUGGCGGGCGGCUCUCGAAGCUUGAAGAACAGCGCGCGCACCCGGGCCGCUCCGGGACUGCAGAGGUCCGCUAGGCAGGCACGAAGAUGGCGGCAGCGUCGGUCUCUGAGACUUCGGCUUCUCAAUUCUCGGGCCCCACGUGCAGCAUAUGGAUGUUCCCGGGCCACAAUAAAGCAGGAUCCGAGUCACCUCUGCAACCUAUACCACAGCUCAGCUGAAAGCAACGCACUUAACCCACUGAGCAAGGCCAGGGAUCGAACCCUCAUCCUCAUGGAUACUAGUCCGGAUACUAGCCACAAUGGAAACUCCUAGCAGAACAUCUUAGCAGAACCAUCAAAUCUAGUGGAAGUAUGGUUCGCCAUUCCUCAUCUCCAUAUGUAGUAUAUCCACCCGAUAAGCCUUUCCUUAACAGUGAUCUACGACGCUCCCCAAAUAAGCCUACAUUUGCCUAUCCGGAAAGCAACAGCAGAGCUAUAUUUUCUGCUUUGAAGAAUCUUCAAGAUAAAAUUCGACGUUUAGAACUUGAGAGGAUUCAGGCAGAAGAAAGUGUGAAAACCUUGUCUAAAGAAACAAUUGAAUAUAAGAAAGUACUGGAUGAACAAAUACAAGAAAGGGAGAAUUCAAAGAAUGAGGAAUCGAAGCACAAUCAAGAACUGACAUCUCAGUUGUUAGCUGCAGAAAAUAAAUGUAAUCUUUUAGAAAAACAAUUGGAAUACAUGCGUAAUAUGAUAAAGCAUGCAGAAAUGGAGAGGACGUCUGUAUUAGAGAAACAGGUUUCCCUAGAAAGAGAACGGCAACAUGAUCAAACACAUGUUCAAAACCAGCUUGAAAAAUUGGAUCUUCUUGAACAGGAGUAUAACAAGCUUACCACAAUGCAAGCCCUUGCAGAAAAAAAAAUGCAAGAGUUAGAAGCCAAACUCCGCGAAGAAGAACAGGAAAGGAAACGUAUGCAAGCGAAGGCAGCCCAGUUGCAGACUGGCCUAGAAACAAAUAGACUGAUCUUUGAAGAUAAGGCAACUUCAUGUGUCCCCAAUGCAAAAAGAAUUAAAAAAAAGAAGUCAAGGCCAUCAGAAAAGAAAGGUUCUAGGAACUGUUGUGCUGCACAGCCACAUUAUAGAUUAUGCUUGGGUGAUAUGCCAUUUGUAGCCGGGAAGUCCACCAGCCCCAGCCAUGCUGUGGUAGCCAAUGUUCAGCAUGUCUUGCAUCUAAUGAAGCAACACAGUAAAGUCUUGUGCAAUGAUCGAGUAAUCAACAACGUUCCUUUGGCAAAGCAAGUGCCUUCACGAGGUGGGAAAAGCAAGAAGUCAGCAACGCCUCCCUCCUCCAGCAGCAUUAAUGAAGAACUCUCAGAAGUCUUACAGACUUUACAAGAUGAAUUUGGGCAGAUGAGCUUUGACCACCAGCAGCUUGCAAAACUUAUCCAAGAAUCACCAACUGUUGAACUGAAAGACAACCUAGAGUGCGAACUGGAGGCAUUAGUGGGAAGGAUGGAGGCAAAAGCCAAUCAGAUAACUAAAGUUCGAAAAUAUCAAGCCCAGCUGGAGAAACAGAAGAUAGAGAAGCAGAAGAGGGAGUUAAGAACCACCAAAAAGACUCUUGAUGAAGAAGGAAAUAGCAGCAGCCGUUCUUCUGCAACCACUGGGACCAUAAAUAAGAAGGACUUUGCCAAACCGAGACCUGGAGAAAAAAGCAGGAAAAAUCUUCAGUUAUUGAAGGACAUGCAAACUAUACAGAAUUCAUUACAAAGCAAUAAUUUGUGUUGGGAUUACUGAGUGGUACCAGGUCAUUUUUUAUUCACAUAUUCUGUACCCCAUCAAUCAGAUGCUGACAGUUUACUUUCCAGGUCUCAUACUCUCUUUUGUUGGAAUUAAUUAAUAGCAGGUGUUAAGGGGCCAUCGCUUCAUUACACGGGCUUCUUGUGUUACGUAUCAUAAUUAAAUGUUAAACCAUCUAAAUGGAAACCAGGGGAGUUUUAAAGGCUGAGAAGCCACCCAUACUCUGUUUCUUUGAGAUGAAUUUGCUGUACUGAAAUGUUGCACUUUGUAAACAAAUUACCAAUUUUUUAUUUGUGGGCGUGGUUUUUUUUUAAAUAGUUCUAUAUAUCUAAGUAAAAUUAGGUUUAAAUUAUCAAAACAUGAGGCUGUCCCAUAGGCAGUCUUUGAAACGUCUCAUUUCUAAAUCUUCUGGCAUGAAUCGCCCAUUUCUCCUUUUCAAUGCAGCCAUUAAAAUACACCUUGCUUUGACUAUUGAUGGAAGUUUUCUAUAUUUAAAUAUUUAUACAUAUUUAAGAGGAUUGUUUUGUUUCGCUUUUUGAGAUUUCAGACAUUGAUCAAUAUUAAAUACACUUGUAAUGAUGUUAAUCCAUUUUUUUUUAAAGCAAAGCAUUCAUUUUAAGUCAGUUAACUGAAAAUAAGAAAGCAUUUUUAAAGCUAAACAGAUUGUUAAUGAAAUAAGUGAGGUUUUGGAAUGAAAAGAAUAGGGGUAUUGUAAACAUUUGUAUUUUUAAAUAAUACCUGUGUAAUCAUGCUAUUCACUUCAAGGCAUUAUGGUUUUUAAUCUUAAAACUUGGAAGAAUCCCUUGGAUAUUUACUUUUAUUGGUGUACAGUGUGAGUGCAGUAUUAACUGUACCCAUGCAGCUGUCAUUGUUAAUGAUGUAAAUCAUAAUUUUGAAUAGAUCAAGACAUGUUAACUUUUAUAAAUCUACCACUGAAAUCAAUAAAGCAACUUUUUGAAGGAAACACUGAAA